UUGAUUAUUCCGAGCUAAUUAUUUAAUUUUUACAAAGUCUCCCGCAAUAUUUUCCCAAAAACAAUUUCCCAAUAAAUAGCUUUAAGGCGCCGCACCAAGGCAAUGGCAUCGAAGGGAAUCCGCAGAAAAAAAUCAUAUUUGUCCGAGAUCAAAAUAGCAGUUGUUGGCAGCUGUGGCGUCGGGAAAUCAGCGUUAACAGUUAGAUUCCUCACGAAACGCUAUAUUGGCGAAUAUGACCAUCAAACGGAAAAUCGGCACAAAUAUGAGAUUAUGGUGGAUGCGGAGGCGAUUUUAUUCGAAAUUUGGGACACGUGUCCAAAGAGCUCCGGUUUUGAUCUAUCCAUCGUGAACCAAGAAGCAGUCACGUGGGCUGACGGAUUGCUCCUCGUCUAUUCAAUCACAGAUCGCGAUUCUUUCAAUUUCAUACGAAAAUUCAAAGAUUCCCUCCAGGCAGACAUUCCCGUCUUGCUUGUAGGCAACAAAGUUGAUAUGGUACACUUACGCCAAGUGAGCACAGACGAAGGAGAAAUUUUCGCCAAGGACUCUGAUUGUAAAUUUUACGAAAUAUCGGCGGCGGAACACGUGUUUCCCGUGUCAGAGGCGUUUAUUGACCUCUGCCGUGAUAUUUUAGUGGCAAAAAGAAAAUCGAAACAGAGUUUUAUCGAUAAAAUUGACCGAAUGCUCGGUGGCACGAGAGUUUAUAAUCGCGGCAAAAGUGACAGUUCCCUUCCAAAGGAUUAGAAAAUAAUUUUUUACGCGUUUUAUUUUUUUUUUUCGUUGUUGUAUAAUUUAGGAAAAUAGCUGAAUAAUAUUCUGAAUGUAAAUUUAUUAAAUAAUAAUAAAUAAAAAUAUUUUAUGUUACACAUAUUUAUUACAAUGGAGCGAACGGAAUUUAUUAAUGUUCAAUUUACAAAAGAAAUCACGUCAAAAAAUCGAUCUAAUGACGUCAUUUACAGGCAUAUCAUC